AGCAGACACCCUGGAAAAUCCAGACGUCAGAAUUGUUUGUUCUUUGAAGUUCAGCUUUCCCUAUCUACUCCCAGUGAGCCUGGGAGUGUUGGAGGAGGGCUCACACGAUACCUGGGCAGGAAGCUGGUAUGUACAGAUGAUCAACAUCCAUAAAGAUGUCUCUCCUCUUUCACUGGGUUGGAAGAUAGGAAGCUUAUGGAUUAAGAGGGAUUUGACAUCAUGUAUAAAGGACUGGAGGACUUUUGCCCUACAGUCUUAGACUUGUUCAUUGCAGCCAGAGUGUGGUUCCCAUAUCAGCCAGUAGGUGUCAGCAGGUUGGAUCUUAUCAUGAUGGGCAGCAUCGCUGUGAUCGUGUGCGGGCUCCUAUGCGUGCUAUGCGGCCAAGCCCUGGCCCUGUGUGUCCUGACUGACUACACUCUCUAUGUGGAAAAGCCUGGCUGUGAUUACUGCAUGGCCGUCAAUACCACCAUCUGUAUGGGGCUCUGCUACUCAUGGGACACCAACAUGGUCGGGCCAGUGGGGAAACGGCAUCUGACCCAGAGGGGCUGCACUUACCGCUCGGUGGAGUACCGUACUGCUGUGCUGCCUGGCUGCCGCCCGCACGUCAACCCGCACUUCACCUACCCGGCGGCACUGGGCUGCCACUGCAGUAACUGCAACACCGACAGCCACGAAUGUGCCCACAAGGGUGGCUCUGAUGACAGAGCCCAGUGCACUAAACCGCUGAGCUAUAUUUACCCAUACCCAGGACAGAGCAACCACGUCCCGUCCCUUUAAGAGGUGAAAUCCCACCUGGGCGUUCUUUCCCUGCUUUGUUUUUACCUGUUACUCCAUUCUAAUGUAGACAGAACGAUGAUAAUGUCUUCUAACUGUAUCUGCCUGGGCCUUAGCAUCUUGAAGCUGAUUGCGUUGGACUUGCGUGUGGCUACAUUCCGAAACACGCCCGCAGUGGUAAUCCGUGUGACCGGAUGAUUUGUGUGGUGAAACUGGAUGGAUUAAAUGCUUUUCCCAGCUCACACUCUUUCCAGUCUCAUUAGCCUGCACUUGAAUAACACUGGCCAGUGAAACACCAGGCUCAUUGUGUAGCAUAGUGCCAUUCUCUACACGUGACUGGAUGCACUAUGUAAGCAGCUGUGGUCAUCAGACAGACUGCCCACGUGAUGACAGCAUGCCACCCUAUGGCUGGGCAUACAAUUCACUUCGUCUUAGCUCAGUCAGUUCCAGUAACACCUUCCCCCAUUUCCCCCAUGAGUCAAAUGAACAAUUCAGUUAGCCUUAAAUAAUGUACUGCAGGAUUGAUUUAGUUCCUGGUGCACAGUCUAAGACUACUGCAAAAUAGCAAACUAUAUAUUUUCCUGGUUAUCUUCUUUUACAUGCUCAGAAAAUAUUUCGAUGUUUAUAUAUAUUUUUAAAAGCAAUUUCAUCGAGCAUGCUUUUAUUAAAAUAAGGUGCCACAGUUCUUUUUUUCAGUCUUAAGCAGAAACAUUCAUGAAUAAUAUUAUUGCUCAAGCAUUUGAUUCAGCAUGCUUCUGGUACCACUGCCUUUGCCCCCCUCCCACCCCAAUUCUCAGUGGAAAAUAACUGAUGGGGGAUAUG